AUGAAAUUCAUAUCGAUUAUUGUGUUGUUGCUAUUGUCGGUGACAGUCAGUGCAGUAGUCAUUGAUCGUCCGUCUGCCAUCGAAUCAGAAUCUGUAAAAGAAUGUUCAACACACAUGCAGCAACACACUGGUAUUUGCGCUUCAACUGGAACAGAGCAACAAUCAACUGGAACCAAUCAUGAUGUAGCUCAAUCGACUAUAGAUCCCGAUGAUUCAGACAGCUCUGUUGAAGAGUCCGAUGAAUCAUCGUCAUACUCUGAGUCCAAACAGUCAGAUGAUGAUAUAUUUGACAACACACUAUAUGACGACGUCUGCCAUCUCCCUAAAAACUAUAUCCCAGAGAAUGAACGGACCAUUCUCACACAUCAGCAAAGGCUGGAUAGAGUCGAAAAAAUAAUGAGGAAUAUGGGUAUGGAAAUUCCAACUGAUGUUGGAGACGGAUAUCCGCACAAGAUGAGCACCAAGGCAAAGGAAAGACAAAAGUCAAGUCACGAUGCUGGUUCAAGGGAAGCUAAAGUACACUUUGUACCAACGACUAAAAUUGCUAGAUAUUCAAGUGAAUCUAGUGUACUGCAAGAAUAUGAUAUUCAACUUCCUUCAUUACGGUCAAAGUUUAAUAGAUUCAAACGACAGAUGCUGAGAUUCAUUGGAUAUAGAAGGCAUACUUGA